AUUGUCACACCAGAAUACGCUCAAUCCCUUAAUUCGAAACUUCAGAAAGCCCAAAAUUCUUUGUUCUUUGCGUCUUUUCCCCGAGAAGUAGCCGAGGGUGAAGCUUCAUUCUUCUCAGAAUCUCCUGCCUAUUUCGUAUUCCGGUGAAACCAUAGAUUCUAUAACAGAAGAGGCAAAUAAGCAGACGUAUAGUGUGGUUCUGCCUUGGGAUUCUGUCAACUACGCUGAGACUUUACAUGAUGAGUGACUCUUUUAUUCGAGUGAAAUCUUCUUUUCCCUUCUGGUUGAGUAGGGAUUAAAUCAUUAAAUCCAAUUCCUCCAUCCCUCUAUGCUUCUGUAUCUUUAAUCCUUACAUGGCUCUUCGUAGUGACACUUAGCCUUUAAACUGAAUCCGUCGUUUAGUUAAGCAAUAAGUACUGCUACAACAACUGAAGAUAUUCAUCUGUCUCUAUCUGGCUGGUAUUAUAACUUUUUAGGUUUUAUCCUGAAGAAUUUCCCUUGUUGUGAAUUGUUGAUGCAAGUAACCCACUUUUUUUGUCGUCAUCUUGUUAUUGAUACCUCAGUUUCAAGACAUUUGAGAUCGUUUCUUUGUGGUUUUCUUUUAGUUGCUAGUGCUUGGACUUGGAGUCAUAAACCGCAAGUGUAUAGAGGUCCUGAGAUAGAACCCCAAUUACCGCCACAAAGAAAGGGACUUCUUAAAAGCUAGUCUACUCUAUAUUUGCUUACUUAAUUCAGUCAGACAUACUGUAUUCUGUCAGAAAAAGUGAGUUAAUUUGGAAAUGUUCUGAGUCGAUUGGUAUUUUUUUGAUGAAGGACGGUUGCUAAGGAAUAUGGCUGAACUUCUCUCCAUGGCCAUGGCUGAUGAUGAUGACAUGAAAGAUGUCAGUGUUUCUCCACUUGAUCUAAAUUCUAUAGGUGGCAACGAGAGUGAAGAUGUGCUUUCACCUGAGGAUGUAGCAUGGGCUGACUCAUGCCUCAUUAAAGAUCUUGCUAUAUCAGACCAUGGCAUGGAUUCUUCGAAACAUGCGUCACCGGACGCUUUUCCUUCCCAAAAAAUCUUUUCUGCAGUCUUGAGGGAUGACUCUCCUCAAGAAUCUUGCAUUUUCCCCACCGUCGAAGAGACAGGAAUUUCAGGGAUGAUAGAUGACACCAUUGAUGAUGUUUCUCCAACCAAUGAACAAGAAGGGAAUACAACUCGUCAUCGGAUUAACAACAAAGAUACAGAUAGUUCUUGGUCCAGAAUUAACUCAGAAAAUGAUUUUCCUCCCACCUAUAAUGAGGAUCUGAGAUUAGUUGAAGACUCCCAUUCUGAAGUAGAUUCAGAGUUUUCAACAUUUGUUGAGGAAAAUUUGGCUGACAUAUUUAAGGUCUGGGAACUUGACAUUCCAGAUGAGGAAGAUGAACUUGUUAAACAGUUCAACAAAGCGCUUGCAGGAAGCUCCUCAGACUCCACCCAUUCAGAAGCCGAAAGUCUUGGAGUACUGCUGGACGAUAAGUUACUUGAUGAUCUCAUUUCUGGCCUCGAUGACCUGUCGUUGAGUCCAAUAAGUGACUAAGUUAUGUUGCAAAUCCAAAUUCUGGUUGAGAGCAUCCGUUUGCAGCUUACUGUUUCUGAUUUUUCCCUGUUCUGUGUUUUAGUUACUACCCCUGUUCAGCUUGAUAAUUAAGUAGCAACUAGUGUAAGAAAACAGGCUUUGUCCUUAAAGUUUCCCUGUAUAUAGGUAUAGAUAGAUAAUUUCCUUCCUUUGGGCUGGAGUCUAUCAGGUGAUGCAAGAGAUUGGGUUUUAGCUUUGGUGCGUGAAAUUUUUCUGAGUUUUUCUUUCAGCCGUCAAAAAUUUGAGACAAACAAUUAAUAGUGGGAAUUAGUUCUUAGUAGUUGCUAGUCACAGAUCUAAAUUUGCUGAGA